CAUUAUCUGAAGGACUUGUAAUACAAGUGGCCAAAGGAGAAGACCUCAGUCAAAUUCCUGACUGGGCUAAAUACAUGCAUGCAUUUAACGAAUACACCGCCAAUGAUCAACGAACUACACAAAUACUUUUAGCGUGCUUUGAUGGAGUUUUGUUAAUUCAAAAAAAAAAAACCUUAAUAUGUGAAUAUAAUCAUCAAAAUCAGUUAUGA